CUUUGACCUUUUUUGCCGAUCCUGCAGCUCUGUUCCGUGCAUAUACCCCACGGGGUCCGUUCAUUUCCACGCUAGUCGUUAUUCGUCACUAGUUGUCGUCCUCAUGUCCAGGAAGCCGCGGCUUCUCCUGGUGGCCUGCCUGGUGCUGCUGAUCGGUGCGGCCCUGCCGAAGGGUUCGCGUGCGGAGGAGCCAGGCGGCGCCGCCGGGCUGCGGUUCGGGUUCUACAAUGCGACGUGCCCGGCCGCGGAGGACGUCGUGUUCGCGGAGAUGCACGCCAUCCUCCGCGAGGACCCCACGCUCGCGCCCUCCCUGCUCCGGAUGCACUACCACGACUGCUUCGUCCAGGGAUGCGACGGAUCGAUCAUGCUGAGGUCGAGGAGCGGGACGGCGGAGAGGGACGCGACGCCGAACCGGAGCAUGCGCGGGUACGGCGCGAUCGAGAGGAUCAAGGCGAGGCUGGAGUCGGUCUGCCCGCUCACCGUCUCCUGUGCCGACAUCAUAGCCAUGGCCGCCAGAGACGCCGUCUACCUGAGCAAAGGGCCGUGGUACGCCGUGGAGACCGGGAGGCGGGACGGCAACGAGACCCUGGCCGAGUACGCCGAGACCGACCUGGCGCCGCCGGACUCCAACAUCGUCGACGUCAAGACCUUCUUCAGCGUCAAGUCCCUCAACUCCAAGGACAUCGCCGUCCUCUUCGGGUGCCACAGCAUCGGGACAUCGCACUGCGAGGCGUUCGAGAAGCGGCUGUACAACUUCAGCGCCGACACGGAGCAGGACCCGUCGCUGGACGCCGUCUACGCGGCCAAGCUCAAGAAGCUCUGCCCGCGCGGCGCUCUGCACGCCCACGGCGGCUGGGCGACCAAGGUGCCCAUGGACCCCGGCAGCGGCUUCACCUUCGGCCUGAGCUACUACCGCCACGUGGUCGCCGGGAGGGGCCUCUUCCAGUCCGACGGCGGCCUCCUCCACGACCCCGCCACCAAAGUCUACGUCGACAGGAUGGCCGCCGCGUCAUCGCCCGACGAGUAUUUCGAGGACUUCGCGGCGGCCAUGGUCAAGAUGGGACGCACCGACGUGCUCCUCGGCUGUCUCGGCGAGGUUAGGGCCACCUGUGGCAUUUUUGUGGACUAACUAGCUAGAGGUCCAGGGUUGUACAUAUACACAUACAUGCACUGGUUGAUCUGUAUGGAUCGGUGUUUAUACGUGUCCUGGUAUUUUUGGUUCAGAACUUCAGAUUGAGCAAAAAUGCAAAACAGACUGGAAGUAACUUGUGCACCUUUGCUGAGGAGAUCAUCAGUUUCACUUGAAAAACAAGUGGUGUCCUUGCUACGCAUGACCAUCGUUGACCACGAAUCAUGCAUGCAUGGGUUAUUUCUUUGGUAGUUUAACCAACCAUUAGUUUGGUCAGCCACAAUUCAACUUGGUCACCGAUCCCUUGUGCGAGUAAACUUUUGAUCCGUGUUCAUAGAAAACACUCGUAUACUCCCUCUCUCCAAAAUUAAGUGACGUGACCACGUCACUUAUUUGUAAGUAUAUGUUUGUACACAAAACUCAAGGAGUGUCUAUUUGUAAGUCAAAUGAGAAGUUCUUAUUUCUA